AUUCUCAUCACAUGAUAGAAAAGUGUAAAUUUUCAUUAAAUCCACUGUAAGCCCGAAUUGACGAGAUUCGGUAUCUCGUAUUUUACACGAACCCAUUUGAACAUUUUGUAAUUUUUAUUUGGGACCUCCUAGGCCUCCCUAUUUAGACUGAUAUUUAUGUCCAUGUAGGCUCCACUGCAUCUGUCUGAUAACAUCUUCAAUGCGUCAUCUUUCAGUCGAACGUCUUUUAACCGACUAUGGGAUUUUUCAGGUGAUUGGCCCCCUAUAUGUCCUCUAUGAGUGAGAUAGCCACUACAAGGAGACCCUGUCUCUAAACGACCCUGAUGACCAAUGAUAAAUCAAAAGAUGAGGUGUAGCUGUGAGGAGAUUGCUGUGUAAUGGAAGACUUUGCUGGUGAAGAGUUGAUACAGGCAGCAUUGUUUGAUAAUGACGAGCUUCUCAGGUGUCUACUUGAAGGGGAAUGUCGUAACCAUAUCAACACCACUGACCGCUGCCACCGGACUGCCACUUACACAGCGGUGUCCAAUAAUAGCAUCAAGUGUCUCCGCCUCCUACUUGAAUAUGGAGCUGACCCAAAUAUUCCAGCUGGAGAAAUGCUCAACCUGAGAACACCUCUACACUGUGCCCUGCUUGAUGGGAAAAAGGAGAUAGUAGAGCUACUGGUUCACAAUGGGGCUGAUUUAUAUGCCUUGGAUGUGUUGGGACUGUCUCCACUCUCCUUAGCCAGGAAUAUAGAGCGUGCUGACUUCAUACGCUGUCUGGAGAGGGAGAAUGAUCGAAGAGAAAAACUAGCAGAGGUUCACAGGAAAGAUUUUAUAAGUGCCUGUGAGAGGGAAGAUAUCAAUGGCAUCAUGUCCGCUCUACAUGUCGCAGAAUCAUCUAAACGCCUUGUCAAUGACAAGAUAACUGAGGAUGGCCUCACAGCUCUGUGUCUGGCGUGUAGACAAGGUAACAGUGACAUGGUGUCCCUCCUACUGGACUGGGGCGCAGAUCCCCGUGUGUUCGGAGACACAGGGGAGGGACCAGCCCACAUAACCUGUCAUCAGGGGAACAGCAAGAUACUUAUCCUCCUCCUACAGCAAUGUAUGGACAUAGUGAAAUCCAAGUCAGCUGACGAGAACCUUCCGCUACACAAAGCUGUUCAGGGAGGCCAUAUUGUUCUGGUGAAACAGUUACUUGAGUACCCAUACCCUGACAGUAUGAUGGCAGAAUUCAGUGUGGACCUGGGCUCAAGGAGCUUCAUUUACUCCUUCCCUUUCGAUGUCAACUCCCAGAACGUGUUUGGUCAUACUCCCCUAUAUCUCGCCUGUUUAGAAGGGGACUGCUCUCUGCUGGAGUGCAUGUUAAGUUUUGAGGUGCCUGCCACCAGUACAGAUCCACCAUCAUUUAGUCAGAAGGCCUCAGGGACUCAGAUGGGGGAUACCACAGAACCUCUCACACCAGAUGUAGGGUCUUUUAAUCACUGUAAUCCAUUUAAAGUUAAUGUGGAUAGCAACAGUAGGUUUGUUCCCCUUCAUGCAGCCAUCAAGAAAAGAAACCAUGGAUUGAUAGACCUACUGUUAGAGAAUAAGGCUGACCCAAACAGUUCCUACACUAACAACGGUCACUCUGUGUCAGCGCUCUUGGUUGCAUGUGACAACAAGGAUAGCCUCACUGUGGAUAAACUGCUGCGGUAUGGGGCAGAAGACAAAGAUAACUCUAUAUUCACGUAUGUUGUACGUGACAGACUAAGCUUAUUGCCGAUCCUGCUCAAAUACAAGAGUACCAAGGAAAUAUCAGCUGAUCACACCAUCAACAAGGGAGCCAUGAAAGCUGCUUACCUUCAGUCACUGUGUGGGCAGUCAGAAGAGACCAGCCAGUUCUCUUCCAUCCACGUCAACUAUAAGAAGAUGUUUCCAGUAACGGCAGUUUACCUUCGGUGGCAGAACCUAAAGGGUCUGCUUACUGUAGAGGAGGACUGGCUUAUGAGUUGUGCCUACCACCACAAUCUGACUAUAAAAACCAUCAGCUCCUUUGCCCUGUUUGCCAUUACCAGGGUGGAUGUCUCCAACAAUAAACUCGGGAUGGUAAUUCCCACAGUCUUCUUCAAGCUGCCCUCCCUGUACACACUGAAUCUGUCAAAGAAUAUGCUGUCUAAGUUCCCUCCUGAGGACAGUAUGGAUAUCUGUUGUAGCUGUUUGGAGGAACUGAGGAUUGAUUACAACAGACUAGAGGCCAUACCUGCAUACCUCUUUAGUCUUACAUCACUUAAAUACCUGUCUGUGGCUAACAACUUGAUCAAGGAAAUUCCCACAGAUAUCUGGUGCUGUUCUUCUUUAGUUGUGCUCAACCUGUCUGACAACAAGCUGACAUCCCUUCCAGAGCCAAAAGUAACAUCUAUUCGUUUCUCAGGUGUGGAAGAUGGUAGCAUUAUCUCAGAGUUUGAAAGCUCUAUGAUAAUGGGUACCCCUGAAAACCGGGUGAAACAUGUAAAUUAUUGGUGCAGUCAUCUUGACACCAAGGAGACUGACUUUGACCUUACAAACCAUCCUGGGAAGGAUCAUAUAGGUCUAAAGGACGUUGACCUGUCAAGGAAUUUGCUGACAGAAGUACCACGCUGGCUUUGCUGUGUGUCUCCACACAUGGAAAACUUAAACCUUGCCAAUAACAAAAUAAACAAUGUGUUCAGAGUUGGUAUGUACCCACAGCACCUUAAGACUCUUGACCUGAGUGGUAACCUAAUAGUUAACCUGAUCCCCUGGGCUAUGGAGCAUGAUGCUGACACCAGUAUGUGUUACAGGAGCAGAGUACAGAAGGUGUCGCCCCACCCUGGUUUGUCGUCCUACCACCCAGUGUGUUCCCAUCAGGGUCAUACUAUCCUUGAGCGACUUGACACCCUCAACCUCAGCAGUAAUAGGUUCCUUAAGAAGAUGAUUGUAUGUAAGGACCAACAGGACCAUAAUCCUCGAAGGACGAGCUCCUCAUCAUCCCUAGGCUCCACAACUAGUAUGGGGUCGUUUAGUGUCUUACCAGGAGUAGCAGAUGAGGUAACACGACGACUGAUCUUCCCCAACUUGACCAGUCUUGAUCUCAGCUUCAACAAAAGCCUCCAUGACCUUCCUUCGGAAAUUGGCAAUCUUAAAAACCUGAAACGCCUGUCCCUGAAUAAAUCCAUGGUGUCAGAGCUUCCUCCUGAGCUUGGUUGUUUAAAGAAUCUGAUCACAUUGGAACUUGAACUUUGCCCCCUGCAGGGUCCCAUUCAGGAUGUUAUAAGGUCGUCUAAGACCCCUCGUGAUAUCCUUGGCUUUCUACAUUCCAUACUGGAGGAAGCAGUAGAGUACAACUGUAUGAAUCUGAUGUUUGUGGGUGUCCAUGAAAUAGGGAAGACAUCUCUACUGAGACAGAUCAGGAAGAACAGGAAGACUCCAAAGGGUAUACCUAACCCUACUCACUGGAUAGAACGACGGGAUAAGAAGGCCCACCCUACGGAUGAUGACACACCUCUCUCCACUGUGGGGAUCGAUAUUCAUGAGGUGGUUAUUGGGGAGAGCAGGGAGCAUGGGCCAGUCACCUUCAGGACGUGGGAUUUCGGCGGACAGAAAGAGUACUAUGCUACCCACCAGUAUUUUCUGUCUGCACGGUCACUUUAUCUUGUCAUGUGGAAACUGACUGAUGGAGAGAAGGGAGUGCAGAGUAUGUGGCAGUGGCUGGUCAACAUUCAGGCAAGGGCUCCAGGGUCACCUGUGAUUAUCAUUGGUACCCAUAAGGAUGUAUUGGAGGCUCGGGCAACAAAGAAGAAUUUUACGGAGAACUGGGAGAAGGACCUGAACAAACUUAUAGAUCAACAGUUUUGUCUCGUAGAGGAGCCCGAUAAGUGUGGAUUACCCAACAUCAUCAACCGCAUCAACAUCAACACUCGCAGUCGUAAUGAUGUCAACAAACUCAUCGACUGUAUCUACAACACUGUGUUUGAACUCAAACAUCCACGGCGGCGCCAAGAAAAACUCCUGCGCCACAAGAUCCCAAAGAAAUAUUUGUUACUUAAGGAGAUAGUCCAGGAACUUGCUUUGGAGCGGGAGCGAGAGAAGAAAGACCCUGUCCUGGACAAGGAUUCCUACCUAGCCAUGGUGAUGCACAAAAUCUUCAACCUGUCGGGAGAUGAGACCAAACUCAAGACCAUGCACAAGAUGCUGGACAAGGCAGGAGCACUAUUUCGGGAUGUGGAGGAUGUAGAACAGGGCACAAGGUUUCUCCAUGAGAACGGUAUUCUAUUCCACUAUGCUGACAUUGGCCUGAAGGACCUGUACUUUCUCAAUCCUCAGUGGCUGUGUGACCAGCUGGCUCAAGUGGUGGCAGUAGGACAGGUCAACAAUUUCUGUAAAAAUGGUGUGAUGAAGGCAGAGAACCUACGGAUGUUGUUUAAGGAGUCGACUUUCCAGCCGGAGAGUAUAGAACAGUAUAUCUGUGGCCUGUUAGGCAAGUUUGAGGUGGCUCUAGAGUUUGACCGUGAUAGGCUACUGCUGCCUUCUCUCCUCCCCACAGAACAGGAAUUGGCUUCCAGCAUACGGAGCAACACUGACAUCAGGAUUUCCCUAUCCAAACCUUGCGACUCUAAUGAAGUGCAGACAUUUUCCCAAUUUCCGUUUGGAGCCUCAUUCAGAAUGAAGCCAGGUAGUAACCAAAACAGUCCCUUCUCAUCUAUGAAGCAUCAAGGCUCCUUGGAGCUUGGCAGUCUGAUUCUGUACAAGACAGAAGCCACUAGUAACAUCAUGUUUUCCCUGUGUCGUCUGUAUGUGAUGACAUAUUUCCCUAGCGGCUUCUGGCCUCGACUCAUCACUCGUAUCCUGGCUGAUAGUACCCUACACAGCAUCGUGGAGAAGUUGGUGGGUAUAUCUCCUGACAUCCUUGCUGCCUGUACCGCUCUCAGGAACAAGAUUCCCAAAUGGCAGCCCUGGCAAACUGGUAUGAAGCUCCUGUACUAUGACACACCCCUAUUUUGUAUCAAAGAGGUGCUUGGAACAUCAGCCGAUAUGUGUCACUAUAGCAAGUACUCAUUUAAAUGUUUUAUGGAGGAUGACUGGGCAAAGAUUGACAUGAUAAACAGUGUUAUACUGGAGAUAUCCUUCCCCUGUGACUCCCUUGUAUUCCACCUUGCCCAGCAUGGUCCAUCACAGGAAAGUCUGGUGAUAUCACAUCGGGAACAAGUCUAUCUGGAUGAGGGUGCCAAGGCCUGCUUCAUGGCCAAGAUCACCACCCACAUAGAUAACUUACUGCAUGACUGGUACCCAGACCUAGGAGAGGGACGCUUUAACCAGAACUGUUAUGGGCGCUACCUUAUCACUCGUAUUGUGCCAUGUCCUCACUGCCUACAACAGGCCGUGGAAGUGGAGAGGAAAUCAGACAAUAAACGAAAUUGGCAAUACAUUUCAUUGACAGAUAUAAAAACCUCUAUCUCAAGUUCUCAGGAGAUGCCAUCAUAUACAGAGGAUGAGCAGCCUGUUCCCGGCAUCAGUGAUGAGAUGGAGGAAGACAGAAACAGUGUCCUCAACUGCUUUGUAGUAGAACGGAGCAUUGUCAACUAUCUGUGUGGCUAUGAUGAGAUUUGUGAUCGUCAUGGCAGCGUAUCUCCAUCAUAUAUGAUGUCCUCCGAUGGUUCCUGUAGGAUCUUACAUAUAGCCCCAGACGUGGUGUUUGGUGAUUUAGAAAGUCACAUUCUGAUUGGUUCCUCUGAUCACCUGACCCUGGACAGGACGCUAGGCCGUGGGGGAUUUGGAGAUGUUUAUGCUGGAACACUGACAAGGAUAGAUGAGCCAAAGCGUGAUGUAGCUGUUAAGAUUCUGUUUGCUUCCCACAAAGACAGUCAUCAUCGUAAGAAGGAUCACCUGUAUAUGCAGCGAGCAUGUGAUGCAUACCUGACAGCCCGUCAGGAGGUGUCCAUCCUCCAAGACAUCCAGCAUCAUCAUAUGGUACCUCUAAUAGGGCUCUCCAUCACCCCCCUGGGGCUCAUCCUGGAGCUUGCCCCACAUGGCUCCCUGAGGGGCAUCCUCGACAAAAUCAAGAGUGGGGGUCAGAGACUGUCUGUUGCCACAAUCAAACAAACUAUUAUACAGGUUUCCGAUGCCUUGGCCUACCUACACUUCGGCUCGGUGAUCUACCGUGACUUAAAGGCUGAUAAUGUUUUAGUGUGGAAGAUGCCUUUCAUGGAUAAUACAGGUGACACUGGAAUGGUUUACAUCAAGCUGGCUGACUACGGUAUCAGUCGUUCUGCCCUACCUUCUGGCACCAAGGGCUUUGGAGGUACCCCACCUUUCAUAGCCCCAGAAAUACUCCAGUACGCUGGCAAGCAUACCUACACAGAGCUGGUAGAUAUUUUUUCAUUUGGAAUGUUUAUAUAUGAGUUGCUGACUUGCUCCAAGCCCCUUGAGGAUGUGACCAACCCAACGCUAUUUAUCUGUCAGAAUGGCCGCCCUUGUAUCUCGCCAAAGGAGAAGCAGUACCCUGCACACUUCCUGGACCUCAUGUGUAUGUGCUGGUCCCACUUUCCUGGUGAGCGCCCUUCAGCGGCACGCAUACGACAGGUGGCUGGCUGUCCACAAUUCACACAUUUAAUGGACGCUGUCUCCAUGGAUACAGACAUGGGUGUACUGGCUGGCUGUUCCGUGGCUGUGGGACCUUACAAUGAGGAGGAUGCAUAUAUGUAUGAUGACUCUGAGGAGAUACGGAAGCUUCCCAGACAUACCCAGGUUUGGCUCAGUACAACUGUACACAAUGGCAAUGCUUGUCUCGAUGUAUACAGCUACGACACAGAUCUACUAGGCUCUACUGUUAAGGCACACUUGUGUGACGCAGGAGUCCACAUACAGAGACUUGUGGCUGUGGAGGAGACAGUCUGGGUCGUAGAUAACCAGCACAAAGUCCAUGUGUAUGAUUGUCUGACCACUAAGGAAGUUGAUGUUGUCCAGCUUGACCUAUCUGAUAUUGAACAGUCACUCUAUGGAAAAUACUUACCAGGGAGAAAUGGAGGCUGUGUUUUAUUUGUGUUCACAUCAAUGAUGAAGAAAAGUUUGACAGUUGUUAAGUUUCUAACUCGGGGUGACCGGAAGAAGUACACUCAUACCAAGGUUAAGCUGCAGAGUCGUGCCCUGUGUGCUUCAGUAGUACAAUCCGGUACAAAGUUGGAGUUAUGGGUUGGUCAAGGUGAGGCUAGGAUUGCAGUGUUUGACCUCAGUGGAGACUUCCCUGGAGUAUCGGACCCUGAAGAGAUACUGAGUCACCCCAACAGUGGUCAGAGCAAACAGUGUACCUUUAUAGAGACCAACAUAACAGAUCACAGGAAUGAUGCUGUCUGGUCCUACGUCUUCCCUAGUACAAUUAUACAUAAGUGGAAUACAUGGAGUAGACAGACUGAGUGUAAGCUUGACUGUAGCCAUCUUGUCCCAGCCACGGAGGGUCAAUUUGUCCAUUCUACAGAAGGUUCAGGAGUGAGUAGGUAUCUAGUGACUGCCCUCAGUAUCCUAGAUAAGUAUCUCUAUGCUGGAACCACCUGGGGCUGCAUCAUUGUUGCAAAUGCUGUCACCCUUCUGCCGCACUCAAUAUUUCGUUGUCAUAACAAUCAGGAUUUUUUUGUUAAACUCAUUUUACCACUGUUUCAUGGACGCAAUGACAGCAGUGAUUCUGAAGGAGAGGGGGUGUCAGGCAUGGUGACCGUUGGUAAGGGCUACAUGCCUCUCAUUAACUUCAAGUCAGUUAUCAACAGUGAGGAGAGUACAGACAGCUAUCCAGACCCUGUCGAGUUCAAACAGUUGCAGCCACAGGAAAAAGACACUUACAUUCUCUCAUGGUUUGCUAAGGACUGGGAAUUCUAUUGAUCAAAAUGUAAAAUCAUUGCAGGAGAGAUAUCUAUACACACUGGUUCAUACCAUGGUUGAGGAGCCAAAAAAUAUAUUGAACCACCUGUUGAGGAUUCAAAAUGCAUCACAUCAUCUCCGUUGUGGAUUUAACCUGUGUCACACCACCUCUGGUGAUGAUUAGAACUGUGUCACACCACCUCUGGUGAUGAUUAGAACUGUGUCACACCACCUCUGUUGAGGAUUAGAACUGUGUCACACCACCUCUGUUGAGGAUUAGAACUGUGUCACACCACCUGUUGAGGAUAAGAACUGUGUCACACCACCUCUGUUGAGGAUUAGAACUGUGUCACACCACCUCUGGUGAUGAUUAGAACUGUGUCACACCACCUCUGGUGAGGAUAAGAACUGUGUCACACCACCUGUUGAGGAUAAGAACUAUGUCACACCACCUCUGUUGAGGAUUAGAACUGUGUCACACCACCUCUGUUGAGGAUUAGAACUGUGUCACACCACCUCUGUUGAGGAUUAGAACUGUGUCACACCACCUGUUGAGGAUAAGAACUGUGUCACACCACCUCUGUUGAGGAUUAGAACUGUGUCACACCACCUCUGGUGAUGAUUAGAACUGUGUCACACCACCUCUGGUGAUGAUUAGAACUGUGUCACACCACCUCUGGUGAGGAUAAGAACUGUGUCACACCACCUGUUGAGGAUAAGAACUAUGUCACACCACCUCUGUUGAGGAUUAGAACUGUGUCACACCACCUGUUGAGGAUAAGAACUGUGUCACACCACCUCUGUUGAGGAUUAGAACUGUGUCACACCACCUCUGUUGAGGAUUAGAACUGUGUCACACCACCUGUUGAGGAUAAGAACUGUGUCACACCACCUCUGUUGAGGAUUAGAACUGUGUCACACCACCUCUGUUGAGGAUUAGAACUGUGUCACACCACCUCUG